AUGCAAUGCCACUAUGUCACAAGAUCAAUCAAAACCAUUAAGCGACAUUGGCGUGAGCAUCAUGGGUGGAAGGUCCUAUAUAAAGGGGGCCGACCUAAUCACCAUGAGCAGGAACAGGCCCAAACUAUGGUCCAACAGGGGUUCAAGGUAGUGACCUGCCAGCGGUUUUUCCCUUCACGAAAGGGGUCCCACUAUAUCUGGGUUCGAAGCCCUGAGCCCCUGGCUAGGCCAGCAGGCCCUGCGCCUAGCCUGGGUGUCCAGGCUGCGGUAGAUGAGGUGGUGCAGGCCUGGGAGCAGGCCCAGGCCCGGGCUAAGGCAGACCAGGCCAUCCAGGCCAGCCAGUUAACUGACGCGAACCCCUGGCUGCGGAUGACUCGGUGGGCCGACUAUCUGCAGGGCAUCCAGGCCCAUGACCUGCUAGCCUGCGUGGCAGCCCCGGAGGAAGAUCCCCAGGAUGCCACUGAGCAGUGUGUGCAGGUCGUCUGGGCCACCAUGGAGCAGGUCGCCUGUAAGAGCCAGCAGACAGUCCAGCAUUGCGGCCAGGCCAUCCAGGUGGAAGCUGUCCAGUCUGAAAAGGGGCAGACCCCGCACCGGCCAUUAUUAGCAUAUAUGGACGAGGCCGCAAUCCAGAAGCAUGUCCGUCCAUGGCAGCAGAUAUUAGCAUUCAUUGCCCGCACGCAGGCCCCGCAUGACUGGACCAGCCUGAAAUACGGGAUGACCGCCCGGCAGCGCAAGAAAUGGCGGCAGCUGUGGCAGCUAGCUAGCCAGGCCCCAGGCAGCCCCGAUCCCAUGGAUCCCAAGACUGACGACCCGCAGCGGCAGGCAUGGGCCAUGACCACCAUUGAAAAAGCAUGCUUAGAGUUUUGCAUUGAGUUGCUGAACCAGCGCCAUCGCAGCCAUGAAUAUGAGAGUGCACUGGUAUGCGCCAUGGCUGUGUUGGGGCAGGGGGACACUGGCUGGCGGGACCCUGAGAGCUACCCCCUGAUAUUAUCCCACAUGAUCAAGGUGGCCCGAUUCAUGGUGGUGCAGAAGGCAUUAUGGAUGGACCCUAAUCCAUGGCAGAUUAUUCAGACCUGGGCGCGGAAGGACCAGAGCGCUGAAUGGGUGCUGGCCAGCGCGGAUGAUCAACUCAGGGAGAUUGAUGAGGGAUAUGGCAGCAAUGACCCCCCAUCCACCCCAGGGCCCCCAUCAUCGCCCCCGUCAUCCAUCCAUAGUGAUGACCCAUUGCCCGCGGUUAACAUUUGCCUGAGCCGCCGGCCAUUCCAGGAGCAGGUGACAUGGAUGAUGCACUAG